AUGACCGGGAAGAUCACCAAAGAUUAUACUUUAUCAAUUAUUGGAUGUGGCGUUAUGGGCCAAGCCCUACUAUCUGCAAUUUACAAUGCUCCCAAAGCUACCAAUGAAGAAUUAGCUUCAUUUUAUCCAAGUAAAAUUAUUACAUGUAAUCAUGACCAAAAAAGUACUGAUCAAGUUCUCAAGCUAUUGGAGACCUAUGGAGAAUCUCCAAACGGUAUAAAAGUUGAAUGUUCAUUCGAUGAAAAUGAAAAAGCUGUUAAGGAUUCCGAGGUCAUCAUAUUAGCAACCAAACCUUACCUGGUAGAAAGUAUUUUAACUCCUUUGAAACCUAUUUUACAAAAUAAACAACAGGUAAUUAUUUCUAUUGUUGCCGGUUGGACCAUUGAAAGUUUAUGUCAAUAUAGUCGUAAAGUUUCUAGAGUUAUGACUAACACACCUGCCAAGUUCGGAUAUGGUUGUGCGGUUGUGUCACAUUCUUCAGAAGUCGACUCAGUUGAAAAAGCUCUUGUUAAAGAGUUGAUUAGCAAGGUUGGCUCCUAUGUUGAAUUACCUGAAAAAAACAUGGAUGCGGCAACUGCUUUGGUUGGAUCUGGUCCUGCUUUUGUCCUUUUAAUAUUAGAAAGUUUAAUGGAAAGUGGUAUUAAAAUGGGUAUUCCACUAAAGGAAAGCAAAGAAUGUGCCAUUAAGGUAUUGGAGGGCACUGCCAAAAUGGUGGAGAUUACUGGAGAACACCCAAGUGUAUUGAAGCAUCAAGUUUGUACCCCAGGUGGCACUACAAUUGCUGGACUCUGUGUCAUGGAAGACAAAGGCGUUAAAAGUGGUAUUAUUAGAGGGGUUGAAGAAGCUUGUAAUGUUGCAUCUAAAUUAGGCAAAAAAAAGUAA